GCAGUGCGCACAGUGCCCUGGUCGAAUGUUUUUGUUUGUUGUGUUUUUUUAUUUAUUUCGUGUUUAAAAGUGUUUUAAAGUGAGGUUCCAAGUGCAAUGGAGCUGCCGAAGGAGCUAUCCAUUGCGGAGAUCCGCAAUUACAUGUUGGCCAACGAGUGCAAGGUGACCAAUCACGCCUUGGUGAAGCACUUCAAGAAAUUCCUAACUCACCCGCAGUCGCAAAAUGAGGCUCGCAAGCGAUUCAAGACCUAUGUCACACUGCUGUCCACGAUUAAGAACGAGAACAAUCAGAAGUUUCUGAUAUUGCGCAAGAAAUACGUGAACGAAUGCCCCACGGACGAGGUUGUGGAGCGCGCGGUGGCCGCCGCAUCCAGUAUUCCGGAGCCCUCGAGUCCCGGCGGCGCAUCCCUGAACUUUGACUCGCCCAUGCGGCAGCCACCGCCAUAUAAACCCCCUCCCAUGGUCACCUCCCCGCCAGCGGUUUCCAUGGCCAAGGAGCAUCAGGAGAACUACCAGGAGUGCGUGGACGAAUUCACGGCGGCCAUAAAGCGCAUUGAGCCCGCCCGUUUGGAGCGGCAGCCAUCGGUCAAGUCUGAGGAUCUGGAUCAGCAGGAGAAGCGGGAGAAAUCCUCUCGAUCGAAUUCCAUCGAUGUGAUCGAGAACAAGGAGAACAUACCUCGUUUCUCCUUCUCCUCAGAAGCCUCCUCGGCGUCCAGCACUUCCAUCGAAAAGCCGGAGAUGGCUGAUCCCACUGCUGCCUCCGCCGAGGGCGAUGCGGCCGAGAAUCCCAUCAGCGUGAAGGAGGCCACGCGCAAAUUCAACCGGAUGGCGUCCGAAGAAGAGGCUAAAAUCAUAUCGCCGCCAGCCAAGAAGAAGCCAGAGAAGCAAUUAAUCGAGGAGAAGGAUUCACCGGAGGUUACACUGGCGCAUCCCAAGGCAAAGGAGUGGAUCGUCUCGAUGGCGAAGGCUAAUUACCAGGAGCUGGCCAAGAUGGCCAGCGAGUAUCCGGAACUGGUUAAGCUGCAGUGUCCAGCAACGGUGAGUUUUCUGACAACUUUUAUUCCCACCAUUUACAUUGCCAUAAUUCCAUCUACCAAUUUAAUGCAUAUGAAUUCGCAUACAAAACCGUUUUCACGUUAUAAAACAAAACAAUUGACACGUUACUUUUUCGACCAUUAUUUCCGCGAUCGUCAAGGACUUUUCGUUUGGUCGGAAGCAAACCCGUUUUAAUCGAAAUUCAUUAUCUGCAGAAUAUUUUAUUUUAACCACAAGGGUGCGCUCCCAUUGCCACUUGAUAUAGGGGUAAAUUUUGCAAUUAUCUUUUCUUUUUCGCGUAAAUGCAACAUGGUUAUCUGCCAAGUUUUUACACCAAAUAUUCAUACAUUUUAUUUAUGGGCUAACUUAUAUUUUAGUAAAUGCUCUGUGCCUCAAUGUAAAAUGUCCCAGAAUUUAUAAUUAAUAGAUAUUUUAUCAAAG